AUGCAAAUCUAAUAAAGAUCAAGAGCUGAUUUAAAUGACUCAAAAAUUAGGAAAAAUCAUAGCCUUUCUGAUCAAAGUGAUAUUUUAAGUGACUACCAGGAAUUCGAUAUAGAUUAGCCCUAAAGUGAGAAGAUAUCUGAUUACUAUUAAAUUCAGCGCAAUUAAACUGCUAAGCCCUCCAAGUUAGAUGAAAAAUAAUACUUUGGUUUAAAAGAAAAAUUGGCGUUAAUUGAUUUUAACAAGCUAAUGGAUGACUUAAGUAUAUAUUUUUCAAUCGCCUUAAGGUUUUUCUUGAUACUUAGUGUAUUGGCUAUUUUAACUGACUGUAUUAGAGACUACAUUAUCAAAAAAAGAAUUUCCUUAGAGCUGAUAGAAGCAGAAAGUUAAGUUAAAUUCUAAAAAGAGUAUUCAUUUGUUCUUCUAGGCUCUGAAAAUAGUGGAAAAAGUACCUUUGGCAAUCUUCUCCUAGGAUUCGAACUUUUUGAUACCAGAAAAAGUCAGUAAAGCUAAUCCCUUCCUGCAGUCAUCAUUAAUGGCACUCUUUUUGGAGAAGAUGAUGGACAAAAGAUAAGAGUUAUCGAUAGCUAGGGUCAUGAAAAUCAGGAUUAAAAAGAUUUCGAAAAUGCUUCCAAACUAAUCUAUCUGUUAAAGAAGAAUCCCAUUCAUAAUGCUUUAAUUUAUGUUCUUGAAAUUUAGAAUUUAAUCUCUGAGAAUUCUCUUAAUGAAUUGAGGUUGAGAUUCUAUAAAAGUGCUUUCAAAGAUUUUCUCAAAAAUACAAUAUUUGUUGUAUCAAAAUGGAGUUUCCAUUAGAAUCACACUGAUUAAAGAGCAAAAGAAAAUAUUGAUCUAAAUGAAGUCUAUUAGCUGCUACAAAAAUUAUUGGUGGCAGUUGGAUUUGAGAAUCCCAAUCCCACUGUUUAUUUCAUAGAUUCAUUUUAUGAUCCAGAAGAUUAGUUAUAGAAAGGAAUGUUUAACCAAAGUUUUGAAAGUUUUUGGAAUGUAUGA